AUGGCCUCCAAGAUCCUGUCCCUCCUCUCCAUCGUUGCCGCCGGCAUGGAGCAGGGCCGUGACGCCUCUCUCACCUCGGCCGACUGCAACCUCAGCCUCUGCAAGGCCUUCAAGUUCGAGGACAACCCCGCCGCCAACAUCCAGUCCUACAGCCCCGGCGAGACCGUCAACAUGCUCGUCCGGAUCGGUGCCCCCCACACCGGCAUCGCCAACGUCUCUGUCGUUGACACCACCACCAACACCAUCAUCGGCACCCCGCUGAUCGAGUUCACCAACUACGCCUCCACCCGCACCGGUGUCGCCGCCAACAACACCGACUUCAGCUUCGACCUCCCCGCCACCCUGCCCGCCCAGUGCGCCACCGCCGGCAACUGCGUCCUCCAGUGGUUCUGGGACUCGGACGAGGCCGGCCAGACCUACCUGAGCUGCAUCGACUUCACCACGAGCGGCACCGGCUCUGCCCCUCCCGCUCCCGCUCCUCCCGCCGCUUCCUCCGCUCCCGUCGUCGAGGAGCCCGCCGCCCCGACCACCACUGCUGCCGCCCCCGCCGUUCCCACCACCACGGCUCCUGCCGCCGGCGCCACCACCUCAGCCGCCGCUCCCGUCGUUGAGGAGCCCGCCGCCCCCACCACCACCGCGGCGCCUGUUCCCACCUCUCCUCCUACCACCUGCAAGCGCCGCCGCGUCCGCCGCAACUCGGCCGCCGCCAAGAAGUACCGCGCCGCCAAGCGCGCCGCCGCCCUCCGCCGUUAA